AUUUUUUUCAGUGCAAGAGAUCUCUGGGCUGUAUUUUGGCACAUUCAGAGGUGAUCUGGACCAUGAACCAGGUCCUCUGGGAUGUCUUUUUGCUGAUGUCUCUUUACAGUGGAAACUUGCUGUGUGCAAAAGGUAACUGAGGUGAGAAAAGUCUUAGCAAGUAGAUUUAUCUAAAAGUGCCCAUCGUGUACAUCUCUCAUUGUUGUCUCAGGAGAAAUCAGACUUUAGCAGAGCAGGUUUCAUGAGUUUAUAGCUUUGUCAUCUCAGGGUUAAGUUUUAGGUCUGCAUCUUUUUAUACGUCACACGACAUAUAUGCCUUAAAUGUGGUUGCUUUAGCAAACAUACUGCAGUCUGGAUGGACUGGAGCCUUUUACAACUUCACUGAGUAAGUAGUUAUUUUACAUAUUGACUUUGUUCCUUUAUAAUCAUUUAUACACUUAUACUGGGAUGUUUCAACCCAUGGUUGGGUGUAAAAUAUGGACAAACCCAAACGCUGGUUUAAACUACAUCCUGCAUACAACCCAGCAUAGGUUACCCAACAAUUGUGUUGUCUAUAGUUUACUCAACCAUGGGUUGAAACAACCCAGAAAGUACAUAUUUAAUAAUUAUAUGUAAUAUGUAAAUAGCAUAUUAAUAUACUAAAUGCAUAAAGCAAAGGAAUGUGAAUAUAAAAAAUGUUUUUGUCUCUCCAGAUUUGGUGUUUACUGUAAAUCCUGUUUAGCAUGUAUGUAUCAGACAGCUCUUGCCUUAGAAAGGCCCUUCGCCAGCAAUAUCUCAGUCUGUCCCAGGGAGACCACUGUCACAUCACUUACAUCUGGAUCGAUGGCUCUGGAGAGGGUCUGCGUAGCAAGUCUCGAACCAUGGAUUCUGAACCAAAGAGCAUAGCCGAUUUACCAGAAUGGGAGUUUGAUGGGUCCAGUACAGGCCAGGCUGUAGGAUCCAACAGUGACAUGCUACUCAUUCCUGUUGGCAUGUUUAGAGACCCGUUCCUUUUGGAUCCUAACAAGCUGGUCCUAUGUGAGGUGGUCAAGCACAACCGAGAGCCCGCAGAAUCAAACCAUCGUAAUAGAUGUAACAAGGUCAUGGAGAUGGUCCAAGAAGAGCUUCAGCCCUGGUUUGGUAUGGAGCAGGAAUAUACUCUUUUAGGAUUGGAUGGACACCCUUACGGCUGGCCCAGACUUGGCUUCCCCAAGCCACAAGGUCCAUAUUACUGUGGUGUUGGUGCUGACCGGGCCUUCGGCAGAGACAUUGUGGAGUGCCAUUAUAAAGCCUGUCUGUACGCUGGCAUUAAAAUCUGUGGCACUAAUGCAGAGGUCAUGCCCUCUCAGUGGGAGUUCCAGGUAGGACCGUGUAAAGGAACUGAGAUGGGAGAUCAAAUGUGGAUGGCUCGAUUCCUGUUGCACAGGGUCUGUGAAGAUUUUGGUGUGCUGGCUACCCUAGAUCCCAAACCCGUGAAAGGAGAUUGGAAUGGAGCUGGUUGCCAUAUCAAUGUGAGCACUGUGCACACAAGAGGAGAAGGAGGAAUGGAGUACAUUGAGCAAGCCAUUGAGAAACUGAGAAAGCGACAUGUUGAGCAUAUUCGAGUCUAUGAUCCACAUGGUGGCGAGGACAACAAGCGACGCCUCACAGGUCUUCAUGAGACCUCCAGCAUCCAUGAAUUCUCUGCAGGUGUUGCCAAUCGGGGUGCAAGCAUUCGCAUCCCUCGUCUGGUGGCUCUGGACAAGUGCGGUUACUUUGAAGACCGCCGUCCUUCUGCUAACUGUGACCCAUAUUUAGUGAUCUGUACAAUUGCCCGCACAUGCAUGCUGGAGGAGGAAGAUGAAGUAGUUGAUCUGGAAUAAGAGAAUCUACAUAAUAGCAAUUGUAUGUCAUUUUAAAUACCUAAAAGGUUAGGCCUAUAUACAGAACAUAUUACACUUUAUAUUAAAAUAUUUAUCUCUUUAUCACCAGAAUAAGAAUGAUAUGAGUAAUAUCAUAAUAUAAUAUGAAUUACUUGUAAUGUAUGAAUAUAAGUUAUAGGUUUAAAUUUACCAUCCUUUUUUUGUCAAGUUUAUUUAUUUAUUGAGUGAAUUAAGUAAAUUGCAGGUUAAAUGUACAAUAAUGUCAUGUUUGCAUUCUCAGAUCUAUUAAGUUAGUAAAAACACUAAUGUGAUGGCUAAGCUUUUGUCUUGGGAGGACUGCGCUGCUUGAUGUGCUAUUCUAUUGGCUGUCCAUAAGGGGGAGUAAUAGGCAAAUGUUUAGGACUCUGUCUACUCUUUGCAUAAACAGAUACAUGUGGAAUAAA